CCCUCUGCGCGUUGUCCCGCUCCUGUCUUGUAAGCGCUCAGCGUCUGGAUCUAUGUGGUAGAUAGCUGGGUUAAAUGCCACUCAUUAGUAGCCUAGAGGCUGCAAAAAUUUAAAGUUAAAUAUCACGUUGUUUUGCUGUUCUUCUCCUUUGGGCGUUUUUCUCCUCCUUUUGGAUACUGUUGACUUAGGCAUUGGAUAUGUGCACACAGGAUGAUGACAACCCCUUUCCUCCCCGUAGAAGUAAAAUAAAAUAGGCUUUCGGACACACUGGAUUUACUCCUGCCAUUCCAUAUGAAGAAGUCAAAAAGUUGGAUACACGUCUGUGUCCAUUUCCUGCUGUUCAUUACGCUUGGGGUACAUUCAGAUAGACUUCACGUCAACCCAGUGACCGAUGACCUCAUUAAACUCUCCUUUUUGAGACAAAAUAUUCCUAAAGAUUACAUAAUUCCUGUAGAGUACGUUCCUAAAAAAGAGGCUGGGAUGUGUUGGAUGAGAUUAAAUAUCUUCUAUUUGGAGACAAGCUUAGAAGACUUAUCACAAAAGUUUGGAAACAUUUCAUCCAAUAAAAAUGACAUUAACAUAUUUAUCCACAUACUUCAAGAACUGCGGGUCAAAAUGCCUCACCUGGAUGACAUCAUGUUUGAUUUUGAGUGCCACUAUAAGAGAGAGGGUUGGGACACCAACAAAUACUUCGACUUCGUGGAAAACUUACUCACAGCUGCACAGAAUGAGGAAGAUUCAGAUGAAUGUGAUGUUCCUCCCUGUCCCACCUCACCAUACCCACCAACAGAAAGUUAUUCAACAGAGUCCUCCAAUCCCAGCAGUAAUGGCCCAAUGUGUCCAACUGACUGCAAAGCAAGUCAAACACAAAGACUCCUGCCUGAGGUGGUGGAGCGAAGCCUUCUCUCCUUACUCUUCAUUCCACUCCUAGCCAUCGUGUUCCUGCUUGUAUGGAAGCUCAGAUCACGAAGGAACCAGGAGGAUAUCGAGCAGAAUCCUGCAGAAGAUGGACUCACAGGAACAGAAGGGACUGCUCCUCCACUAGAUACUGAAAUAUCAGAAAAGAACAUGCUGAACGUCAUUGAAAUAGUGUAGUGCUUUUACUUGUGGUGUUCUUCUGUGUAUUUGGGUUGUACCCGUUUCUCCUGUUGAUGUCCAAGGGUGAAAAGGAAGCGCGAAGCUGAAUUCCAUUGUGAGCUGAGGUUCCCUGUUUGUGACUGCUCUCCAGAUUCAUGAUGGUAUAUUCCAUAACCAGGAUUGUUCUGGUUAAAUCACACUUGAUAUCAUAUGGAUAAGCUUGCCUUUCUUAUAAGACUGCAUGCUUUUUUUUUUUUUUUUUUUUAUUUUGGUGGGAGGUGAGAAGGGGGAAGGGCAGUGAUGUCUUUGCUUUCAAUUUAAAAGCUUCCGUACCAAACCCAUUCCUGGACUCUAUGGCUCCCACUAAUCAUUCAUCAGAAUCUGCUGCAUCGACAGAUCUUUGGGGAAAACUGUCUUUUUACCAGCAUGUCUGUUCAGUCUGCCUGUGUUUUUGGGCCUGCCACUUCAUUUUUAAAGAACAAAGCAGUGAGUGACCAGUGUUGUGCUGGUGAUCACUUGUAUGAACUUAAGCCUGAAUUACUACCUCCGGUGACCCUCAAGUUAACCACCUCCUCAACAGCUCCACAGUUUCGUCUUACUCCGGGGUUUCAUUAAGAUUAAUAAUGUUAACCUCUGUUGUUCCAAGAUGUAGUCACAUUAUCUGCUUUAAGUACAGUAUGUACCCAUGGGGAUAUAUAAUGUAUUUAUUUAUUGGUGGUAGCACUCAGUGGCUGCUGUUUAUGCAACUAUAAUGUCUGAAGUUAUCAUUUAAGAGCACUACUACUAAUGGGCCACGCAUUUAAAAAAAUAAAAUAAAAAAUGCUCGGUAUACUAACACGUCACAAACCUGAAAACAUAUUCCUCCUGAAUAACUGUCAUUUUCUUAUUGAUGUUGUUGUUGUGCAUAUAUAUUACCUGGGUAAUUUUAGAAUGUGUGAAAACACAUGUAUACAAAAUAUGCUGCUUUGACUAACUUAGAUCAAGACUGUUAAAAUCUGCAAUGACAUUCUGCUAACAAGUAUCAGGGAUACUUGGAUUAUUAUUAUUUGUUUUUUGUUUUUUUAUUUAAAGGUGAGUUAUUCAGAAUAUAGGUGUCAGGCACAUAUAAGAUAGCAGUGGGCCUCCCAUAGUAAAUAUUUUAGUUUGACAAUGCCUUUAUUUUUUACUUAACACACAUCUAUGCUCGCAAGGCAAAAACUGUUACAUGAGAGACAUUUUUUUUUUUUGAUGGCCAUUCCUCAAAGGAAAACAAACUAAAUUGCUCAAGGAGACAGAAACAGAAAUGUUAAACAACACCUUAGCGUUCGAGUUUUCAUGUUAAAAAUUAUUUGUUUUAAGCUGUUCAUUGGAGGACCAAAUGUAAUCGCGACUCAGACUCAUCAGGUUUAGGCUGUUUACUCAUAAGGUUUCACCUGCUCUUGCUUACUUUGCCUUUCGGUACCUCCAGUAUUAGUUUUGCAUAAUAAAACCAUUAAUAGACAAUUUGACAAAAUGGUAAGUGCAUUUAUCAAAAUCCAAAUGCUAAAGUUAACAGAUGAGUUUCUAAAUUUGAAAUACAUUUGAAAAAUGCACCUUACCUUCCUCACAAUCCACAAAGCUUACCACACAUUGAGAAAUAUAUAUAUAUAUAUAUUUUUUUUUUUGCCUUAAAGUUGCGCCAUGUGACACUGUUAAAACAAAUCCACUUUCAUCUCAUUUGCAAACUGUAUUGUUUUGUCUUGUUUUAAGAGUUGUCUCUUCCUCAAAAAUAUCAAGACCCAUAUGAAGGGGGCAGAAAUGUUUUGAUGUACUCGUAGUCAUUUUAAAGCAGUUCACAGUGAGGUUGUUUAAUCUUAUUGUAUUGAACUACAGCCGUUAGUAAGUGGCUACUGCACUUAUUCAUCUGAAAUCUAAUAAGUUGGAACCUUAUCAGAGUACUGACGAAAAGGGCAGCACAGUUAAAGUGUCUAAAAAAAGCAAACUAACCCUCACUUAGCCUCCCACAAACAGAAAGUAAGUAAUUAAGUAAUGGAUUGUAGGUAUUCAAAUUAUUAUCAAUACUUUUAAUGACAAUCAAUAAAGAGGUAGCAGUGUGAACAGGACACGCUGGCUGUGACCUUUCCCAUUAGGUAACUGACUGACAAUGACCCAACUGGCAGGGCACAAACAUCAGUUUUCUGUAUCUAGUUUGAGUAUUUCUCUUAUAUUUGUGGUCUUACAUUGUACCGUGUCCAUUCUCGUUUUUGUGCCUUGUUUAAAUGGUGUGAGUGACUCGUGUGGAAAAAGCCCAUCCGUGUUUCCAUGUUUUACCAGAGUGGCAAGCUCAUUAUAGGGCAGAGAAAAAUAACACAGGAUUUCCACUCUCUCUCUUCCGCUUUUCUUUGUAAUUGAGAGUUAAGUUGGUCUAACUUGUGCCCAGUUAUGAUUUGGACUGUGGUAAAGCAGUGUAUCAGAAUGUAAGAGCUAAAACGGCUGAACAAACUGCAGUGGUUGUAACUGUUCUGUCCACAUUACCUUCUGUCCUUUGUAUCCUAUAGGAAACUGUUAAUCUGGUAACUGUGUGUUUCCUGUGUAUUUGGGACUAUAUGUUGGGAAUUUUUCAUAUAGGAGUCUAUUGAGAGUAUAUUGUACAAAAUUAAAUGUGUGUUGUGUUUUUGCUUUUCUUUGUUUUGUUUUGUUUUGUUUUUUUAAUGUAUACCACAUUGGUGUUCAUAUAGUUCAGAUCAACAUUACCUUUCAGCAUCAAUAGCUGGAAUUGCUUUGUGUGGUAUUGUUUUUAGUGUUAAACUUCAAGAAAACUUUCAAAAAUGCAUUUUUGAGGAACGCUUUGGAUGAUGACACAUUACUCGUGCCACACAUUGGUGUUCAUGUAGUCCAUAGCAACAGUACUUUUAAUGGGAAUAUCUAAACUUGUGGUUUGGCAAAGUACUGUCAUUUCAAAGCAUUCAGUCAGUUGCUUCCUUUGAAGAAUGCAUUUUUGAGCUGUACUGAAAUAUACCAUCUAUGGCAGUUUAGACCUGAGACUUUCUCUUCAGUUACCUUUAGAUUGUGCUUCUUUACAUGAAGACAAUUACAUGCAGUUUCCCAUAUUCUGACAGUGACACAGGCUGUUCUAGCCAAAAAAAUGAACUAACAGACAAGGUAUGCUAUGUCAAAAGUUUCUUUUUAUACAUGAUCUUUGGAUAUAAUGAGCUGCAACAGGUCUAAGCUGUGAACAAAAAAGAGAAAAGAAAAGAAAAAGGAAAAAAAAUAAAACAAAAAAAAGAAAUGGUCUCCCAUUUUCCUGUCUAUGCAAGAGCCAGAAGCAGCAGUAUGUCUAAUGCAGGGAAGCAAGAGAGUGACUGCCCUUAAAUACUGUUCCUAUGUGAGUUAUGUGUUCUAAUGCAUCCUGAACAGUGCUUUUGAGCAUAAGUGAUCCUAUCUCUUCAGUGAGUGAGUGUAAUGGCUCUAGGCAGGAAAUAAGUCUGGGUGCCAAAAAGCAAAUGUUAUUAUUGCCUGGUUGGUAUUCUGGGUGAAAACUCUACUGUAUUCUGUAUUUUUGUAUAAUUGUAAACAUAUGAAAUAUGAAUAAAGUACACAUAUUCAGCUGUUA